CAGGGAUCAAACCCGUGUCUUCAUGGUUCCUAGUCCAGUUCUUUUACUGCUGAGCUGUGAAGGGAACUCCUAAAUAUCAUCUUUGAGCAGAACUUUGGCCCUGGCCAUGAAGAGGCUGAUGACCAAUCUACAGCAGGUGAGAACGGGAUGGAGUGUUCAGACUUGCCUCCAAAGCAGGAAAGCUCUAAAGAAUCAGAGUCAUCUGAUAGGACCUCUGGAGUUCUCUGUGAAGUGAUUCCUGGAGGACCAGUCGCUGGAAAUGCCUAUGAAGAGGCUUUAGAGAAGCUCGGAGCUCAGCCCUCAGAUGAAGAAGGGAGCAGACUGGAAAGUGAUCUCUUGGAACUAACACAGGAGGAUAAAAAUAAAUGCACUGAAGAUGGAUGUGCCGAAUAUAAGGAUCUUGGGGAACAUCCAGAUCUAUCCCCCAGUCCUGUAGAACAUCAAGGAGUUCUAAAGGGACAGAAAUUCUAUCAAUGUGAUGAAUGUGGCAAAGCUUUUAAUUGGAGUUCACACCUCAUUGGGCAUCAGAGAAUCCACACUGGGGAGAAACCCUAUGAAUGUACUGAGUGUGGUAAGACCUUCAGGCAGACCUCUCAGCUCAUAGUCCAUCUCAGAAUCCACACAGGGGAAAAGCCCUAUGAAUGUAGUGAUUGUGGAAAGACCUAUCGCCAUAGCUCCCAUCUCAUUCAACACCAGAGACUCCACAGUGGGGAGAAACCAUAUAAAUGUAGUGAAUGUGGGAAAGCUUUCAAUGAGAGUUCCAAACUCUUUGACCAUCAGAGAAUCCAUACUGGGGAAAAACCUUAUGGAUGCAGUGAGUGUGGAGCAGUCUUUAGUCGGAGUAAAAGCCUUGUCCGCCAUCAGGUCCUUCACACUGGAGAGAAACCUUACAAGUGCAAUGAGUGUGGGAAAGCUUUCUGUUCCAACAGAAAUCUUAUUGACCAUCAGAGGAUCCACACUGGGGAGAAACCUUAUGAGUGUAAUGCAUGUGGCAAGGCCUUCAGUCGGAGUAAAUGUCUUAAUCGACAUCAGAGCCUCCACACUGGGGAAAAACCAUACAAAUGCAGUGAGUGUGGGAAAGCCUUCAAUCAGAUCUCUCAACUUGUUGAUCAUGAGCGAAUUCAUACUGGAGAGAAACCUUUUGAAUGUAAUGAGUGUGGCAAGGCAUUCAGUCUGAGUAAAUGUCUCAUUCGACACCAGAGACUUCACACAGGUGAAAAGCCCUAUAAAUGCAAAGAGUGUGGAAAGUCCUUCAAUCAAAACUCAUACCUCAUUAUUCACCAGAGAAUUCACACUGGUGAGAAACCUUAUGGAUGUAUUGAAUGUGGGAAGGUCUUCAGUCAUAAUUCUAGCCUUAUGGUACAUCAGAGAACCCAUACUGGAGAGAAACCCUAUAAAUGCAAAGAUUGUGGAAAAGCCUUUCGUGAUAGCUCACAACUAACUGUGCACCAGAGAGUUCACACUGGAGAGAAACCCUAUGAGUGUAUUGAGUGUGGGAAGGCCUUCAGUCAGCGUUCCACUUUCAAUCACCACCAGCGAACUCACACUGGAGAGAAGCACUCAGGGCUGGCUCGAUCCAUUUCUUAGGGCAUAAUUCUCCCAGACAAAGAGUAAGGAACUUUGAGUUAAGGUUUCUUUAUAAGAACUGUGCUCACCUUGGUCUCUGCUUGGAACCACUAAUCAAAGUCGACCAUCCCUAAGUGCUUUCUGCUGGAUCACGAAGGUGGGAAAGUGGGAGUAACAGUGUAGGUGUCCUCCACUUUUGAGGAAGUAAGGACUACCUGUUUCAUGUGCUCGUGGGUAUCUUUCUUUCACUUUUUUAAAAAUUUAAAAUCUAUCUCAUUUCUUAGUUAUGCAUCUCAUAGUCAGGUUAGGAACAGGUAUUUCCCUAUUCUCUUCCACCUUCUCUGUUUUGUCUUUUACAUAAAGUCUUUCUUUAAAACUUUGAUUCAUUCUUUGCUAACUCUUGAACGUGGCCUUUUUAUUGUAUUUUACAUUAUUUUUAGAGCUGCACCUGCAGCAUAUG